UGGUGAACUAUCAUAGGACUAGCUUGAUAGAAAUUUUUUUUUAUUAUUUUUUUUAAAGGCCGUAUGGAAUAGCUGUGGUCAUCCAUCUGCUCCCUGGUUGGGGCCAUGUGCAAUCCUCGAUGGGCCCCACCUAUCAAAUGGUCGAUGAAGAACAUCAGUGGGCCCACUUGGGCCCGGCACACAAUCCCUCAUUCAUGCCACUCACCAGUGUCAUGUCUGUAAUUUCGUAUUACAAUAGGCAUAAAUAUUCAAAUCCACAUGAAAUCCAUACUCUCAAAAAUCCCUCAUUCCCUACUCAAAUCCAACUCAAGUUCAAAAGCUCUGCUCUCUUCUAUUCAUCUCCUUGAGACCCAAAGUGCCCAUGCCCAACUCCUUAAAUCUGGAAUUCCAACCACAGAAUCCCAACUCAUUGAAUCGUACUGUAAAUCGAAAGAAUUCUCAGACGCCCGCCAACUGUUCGACGAAACGCCUGACUGGGAUCUUGUCUCAGCCACUGCUAUAAUCGGCGUUUUCGCACGCAGUGAUCGCCUUAAAGAUGCUAUCGGUCUCUUCUCCCGCAUGCGUUUCUUGGGAAUUAGUCCCAACCAAUUCACCUUCAGUACCAUAAUUCACGCGUGCACCGCUCAGAGGAACCACAAUGCUGGCAAGCAGCUCCAUGCUUGCGCAACGAAGAUGGGCCUUCGAUCAGAUGUCUUUGUGGGCAGCUCAGUUCUUGAUCAUUACGCCAAAUUGGGUAGCCUUGAUGAAGCUCAAGGAGCAUUUGAAGACACCCAUGACCCAAACGUUGUUUCCUACACUACAUUGAUUUGUGGGUACUUGAAGAAUGACAGGUUCGACGAGGCUGUGCAACUCUUCCGAGACAUACCUGAGAGCAACGUGGUGUCCUGGAAUGCGAUGAUCGGCGGGUACAGCCAAACAGGCCGCAAUGAGGAGUCUGUGAAUCUUUUCAUCCAGAUGUGUAGAGAAGGGGUGAGGCCCAACGAAUCGACGUUCCCUUGCAUUUUCAGCGCAGCUGCAAAUAUUGCAGCUCUUGGGAUGGGCAAGAGCUUCCAUGCCUAUGCUAUCAAGUCUUUAAUCAAGCAUGAUGUGUUUGUUGGGAAUUCUCUGAUCAGCUUUUAUGCAAAAUGUGGGAGCAUGGACGAUAGCCUCCUAGCGUUCGAUCGGCUACCUGAAAAGAAUGUCGUUUCUUGGAACGCUUUGAUUUGUGGGUAUGCGCAGAAUGGUCGCGGAAAGGAGGCUCUGGAGUUCUUUCAACAGAUGUACCACACUGGUCUGCAACCAAACAGUGUUACACUGCUUUGUGUGUUGUUUGCUUGUAACCAUGCAGGCCUUGUCGAAGAUGGAUGCGCUUAUUUUGAACAAGCGAGGAAAGAACAGCCUGGUAUGCUAAGAGCCAAACACUAUGCUUGUAUGGUUGAUCUGCUCUCCCGAUCAGGGCGUUUCCAGGAAGCCAAGAGGUUUCUCAAUGAGCUCCCAUUUGAUCCGGGAAUUGGGUUUUGGAAGGCAUUACUCAGUGGGUGCCAGAUCCAUUCAAAUGCAGAAUUAGCCGAGCUUGCGGCCCGCCAAAUCCUUGCUCUAGAUCCUGGGGACGUUUCGUCUUACAUUCUGCUAUCGAAUGUGUAUUCCACCGCUGGUCAAUGGAGGAGUGUGUCAAUGAUCAGGAAGGAGAUGAAGGAGAAGGGGAUGAAGAGGAUUCCUGGCUGCAGUUGGAUUGAGAUCAGGAAUAAGGUUCAUAUCUUUGUCACUGGUGACAGAAGACAUGUUCAAACAGAUGAGAUUUGCAUGCUUAUUAAGGUAUGUUUUGAACAUUUGAAGGAAGACACAAGCUCAAAGCUUCACAAGGAAAUCUUAAAUGAAGUUUGCCUUUAAACAUUGA